AAAACAUGUACAAUUAUAUCGCCUAGCGAGUACCCGCCGACUGCAAGAAGGAAAAGAUGGCGAACGAACUGGAAGAAUUGCUCGGCUUCCUAUCAGCUCCAUCUCCACCAGUUAAGAAGGCCGCUGUUGAUAUUGUUCGGGAUUUGACCGGGUCGGAGGAUGGCUUGCAAUCGCUUGCAAAAUACUCUGACGUUGCUCUGCCGUCUUUGUCUCGCCUAUUGGCCGAGAAAAAGGAAGUUUCGGAACCUGCAGCGGAGGCUUUUAUAAACCUAUCUCAAAAUUCGGAGCUGGCAGCCAAAAUGGUCUCGAUGGGAAUGGUCAAAAUGACAAUGGAUGUCAUGUAUAAGCAGGAGGCUGGCAUUGCCCGCUUGCUUGUUAUGUUCCUAGUUAAUCUCACACAGUUGGACGCUGGUAUUGAUUCUUUGCUUCAGAUUGGAGAUGAGAAAAUGCAUGGACUGUAUGUCAUGAAACUCGUGAGAUCAUUCUGUACUUCAUCUUCUGACAAGAAUGGUGAUUCUUUCGAACAUGUCGGUUCUAUACUUGUGAAUAUCUCAAAAAGAGAAGCAGGAAGGAAGCUUUUAUUGGAUCCUAAGCGGGGACUUCUGAAGCAAAUCAUUAGACAAUUUGAUUCAACAAGUUUAUUGCGAAAGAAGGGGGUUUCUGGGACAAUUCGAAACUGCUGUUUUGAAGCCCAGAAUCAGCUACAGAAUUUGCUUUUGAUAUCGGAGUUUCUUUGGCCAGCUCUACUUCUGCCAGUUGCUGGAGAUAAGAUUUAUAGCGAACAGGACACAUAAAAAAUGCCUCUUGAGCUUGCUAGUGCACUCUCCAUUGAGCGUGAACCAGUUCAGGAUCCUGAAAUUCGUGUCCAAGCAUUGGAGGCUAUUUACUUAAUCUCCUUACAGGAGGCAGGUCGAAGAGCUCUAUGGUCAGUCAAUGGACCGCGGAUACUGCAGGUUGGGUACGAGGACGAGGAAGAUCCAAAGGUUAUGGAAGCGUACGAGCGAGUUGGCUCCUUGCUGAUUGGAAGCAGCAACAGUGGAGAAGAAUCCACUCUAACAUCAAAAUAGGGCCAAUCUUGCCGGCCCCUCAUUGACUUGAUCAUGCUUGGGGAAUGGAGCAUAUUUCAAAAAAGUAAGGAGAAAUGCUUGAAUAUCCUGCAUCCAGCCUUCUUGGCCUCCUUGUAUAACACUUAAAAUUCUGGUAACAAUUUAAAGUUGCCAAAUUGAUGGCAUAUGACGAGCAAUAGGGACCGUGUCGAUUGUGCUUUAAGUCUGGAAGAAAACCUGCGGGUCCAGUUGUGUAGACGUUUUCUUCCUUUGUUUGCCUUUUCGUUGCGCGUUUGGUCAAUCAUUGACGAUUGCAUGCUUGUCUGACUUCGUCACCCCAUAACUCCAAAUAACUUUAUUUUUAAUUUAAAACAAAAUUUAUCUAGUGGUGAAAUAA